AUGGGGGGACCUAUCUUACCCGCACUGCUUUGUCACUUCAAUUUGCCGGCAGCUUCUACCUGGAAGAUCGUUGUGGCAUUCCCCUGCGGCAUGUUCUUUGCGGUGCUCCUUUUUCCGCAUCUCAGUGACUGGAAGGGCCGCCGGCCAGUGCUAAUGGCUUCAUACUUUGGAGUCGGGGCCUUUUUCGUUCUCCAGGCAGUCUGCGUAUCUCUCAAGACGCUGCCCCUCUUUGUUCUCAUGCGCUUCUGCAGCGGGGCCUUUGCUGGAGCCUCCACGGUGGUGAAGGCCUACAUUGCAGAUGAGGCGGGCCAUAGGGAACUGCCAAAGUGGAUGGCGCACCGCGAGGCUGCAGCCACCUGCGCUUUCAUCGUUGGGCCCCUGCUGGGGGGCUAUGCCCUAGAGCUUACAUGCCUCGAAGGCGUUCUGAUGCUCAUUGGCGCCUCCUCCAUGAUGGCAGGUCUACUGGUUUUUCGUUAUCUCAGGCCCAGUGGUGGGCCCCUCAAGCAUCAGACCUCCCAAGGCACUGUAGCCGGUGACGGAGCAGGGGAGCCAACAGCAUCCACACCCUGGUUUUUGAUUGUCACGCUCAUCGGUGUGACAUGUGCAUACAACUUCGGACAAGCAUUCUUCGAUAGUUUUUUCCCGGUGCUCUUCUCACAGCGGUUUAGUUCAGAUGGCCGCCAUUUAGGCUGGGUUCAGACUAGCCUGGCGGUUCUCGUGUUUCUAGUCACAUAUUUUGCUUACACACCCUUAGUUCAUCACUUCCGACUGGUUCACGUGGCUGUGCUUGGAUUGUUCAUGAUUGGACUGGGCGUGGCCCUGCUUCCGAUGAACCAACUGAUGGCAUUUGGAGUCUUGUUGUACGCUGUUGGCGUGCCGCUGUAUGCCCCAAGUGUUCCAACCAUGAUGGCUCGAUGCGCCCCUCGACAUCGGCGUGGCCUUGUCAUGGGAGUGGAGUCGGCUCUUAACAGCGUGGCGCGCAUCGCCUCGCCUGUGCUGUUGGGUCAGCUCUAUGAGGCAAGUCCGACUCAUGCUUUCCUGCUCGUCGGCGUGGUCGCGAUGGGAGGUGCGCUCGUCAUGGCCGUGAAGCUUGGGGUUGGGCUUGAGAUGGCUCGAGCUGACGGUCAGCUGGGGUCGGCGGAGAAUCGCAAUACGAUCCUUCGGAACGGAGCUGGUGGUCUGCUUGUUGAAUCCUCGAGACGUUCCGUAACAACAAUCGUCCGAAACCGCGUUUGGGCCAACAUUGGGUGUGACCUGCGCCAGUCACCGACCUCUAGCGGCUUGCUGGCCGGGAAGGCGGCAGCCUCAAGUGGAACUGAUGCAGAUGCUCGUUAA